AUGGAAGGUGAGCUUGAUGAUGAGUACACACCAGAGGACGAUGAUCCUUAUGCUUAUGUCAAUGUGGUUAUAAGAAUCCUAGUGGCUGAAUCUAAGGGGGACGGCUGGAGGAGGCACAAUAUUUUCUACACCUUGAUGUCUAGUGGACCUCACAAAGCUCAGGUAAUUGUGGACAAUGGGAGUUGCGUGAAUGUAGUAUAUCAAGCAUUCGUGGUGGAAGGAAAAUUGAAGAUUGAACCCCAUCCACAAUUAGACAAGGUAUCACUACUAGACAACAACACAAUGGCUGUAACUCAACGUUGUUCUGUACCCUUAAAGGUUUCAAAUUAUGAAGAGAAUCCACAACGACCGGUUGACAUGGUACUAUUGCCACCUCUUGCCCAUGUUAGUGUUGAAGCAGAUGAGUUUCUUAGGCAUAUCACAGAGGUACAUGCUGAUGUUCGUCACCGCAUAGCUGUUUGCAAUGAUGGGUAUCAAGCAACUGCUAACCAUCAUCGACGCUACGUGGAAUUUAAACCUGGUGAUAUAGUGAUGGUUCGAAUCCCACCUGAGAGGUUCCCUCCCGGUAUAGUGCACAAGCUCCAUCCUCAGAACAUGGGACCAUACAAAGUCUUGAAGCGUAUUGUUCCCAAUGCUUACAUGCUAGAAUUUCCUCCUGCCCUGAAGAUCAACAAUAGAGACAUUAAUGGUGUUACUCGACUCCAACAGGUUUAUUCCAUUGAAGAUAGUGACCAAUGCCUCAUUGGGACUGCAGAAAUUCCUGUGGGGGGAAUUCAUAUGGACUCCAUCCUAGCUGAUUUGGCCUUACCUUUGAAGUAUGUUGCUUAUUCUCAUUGCUUCCGUACUGAGGCUGGUGCUGCUGGGACAGCAACAAGGGGCCUUUAUCGAGUCCAUCAGUUCAGCAAGGUGGAAAUGUUUAUCUUGUGUCGACCAGAGGACAGUGAUAUGUACCAUGAUGAGCUUAGUAGAAUUGAAGAAGAUCUAUUCUCAUCAUUAGGAAUUCAUUUCAAGAUAUUGGAUAUGGCAUCCAGUGAUUUGGGUGCACCUGCUUAUCGCAAAUUUGAUGUCGAGGCAUGGAUGCCAGGUCUUGGACGGUAUGGCGAGAUAUCAAGUGCAUCAAACUGUACUGAUUAUCAAAGCCGGCGGUUGGGUAUAAGGUUCCGUCCAUCUGACUCACCAACCAAUCCUAAGAAGGGUCGCGUUGCACCAACACAAUUUGUGCAUACACUGAACGCAACUGCAUGUGCUGUACCUCGGAUGAUUAUCUGUUUACUGGAGAAUUUUCAGCAAGAAGAUGGCUCUGUUAUCAUUCCUGAGCAGUUGAGACCCUUCAUGGGUGGGCGUCAUCGCAUCAUACCCAAAUCAAAAUGAUGAUUGUGCUAGUGUCGUUGAUUAUGAUACUUAUUUUCAAUUUUAGGUAUUGGGUGGUACAGGAUCUGGAUUUUGAACCAGCCCCUCUAAUGGAUGCUGAGAAGGUUGGGUGGAAGAAAAGUAAAAUGGCAAAACAAGCAAAGAGUGGUCGGGGGAUGGGGUAUGCGCUUGCAUCCUUUUUGAUUUCCAGCGGCAUUGGAGUAGAAAACCAAAUCAUUAAAUUGAGCUGCUUGGUCACUCUUGUUUCAGCCAAAUCAUAUGCCUGUGUAUCCGAGCUUUGUGUGGUUAAUCAACCCAAUGGAUGGAUGGAUGGGUGGUUUCACCUUUAGGUGUUUAAUGCUGUGCUGCUCUCUGCUACCCCCUCCUUGGCAGGCUUUCUGGUGAUGAACCAUCUAAUAUCGAAUGCUUCCUUAACCUUUAGCAAUUAAUUGGUUGGGUCUUUUUUCUACUAUCAAAGUUAUGAACUUGUUACUUCUGUACCUUAUAAUAAAAUCAGCAACAAUUGGCCUCUGCCACUAUAAUUGAGGUACUCUGAAAUCCAUGGCUACAAUUGGCCCUA